AUGAAGAACACUAACGUCCAACAUGAUGUUUCCUUUUUCCAGAGAAUUUGCAUGUUGUUUAACUUCAUGAGGCCCAGUGAAACAUCAUUUCAAACCCUAGAGGAAGUGCCUGAUUAUAUUCAACAGGCGACCCCGGUUUUGUUUUCGUUGAUGCUGCUGGAACUGGUUGUCAGCUGGAUUCGCAAAGGAAAGCUAUCAGGUCGUUUGGAUAAUGCAUUAACUUCAGUAUCAGCUGGUGUUUUCUCUAGGCUUUCAAGAUUUUUUUACAGGGCCAUCGAUGUGACCAUUUACAAAUAUAUCUGGGAUAAUUAUCAUCUUGUGGUUUUGCCUUGGGAUUCUCCAUGGACUUGGUACUUUACAAUUAUAGGAGUUGAUUUUGGCUUCUACUGGUUCCAUCGCAUGGCCCAUGAGGUUAACAUUAUGUGGGCCAUACACCAAACACAUCACAGUUGUGAAGAUUAUAAUUUCUUCACUGCAUUGAGAAUAUCUAUUUUAGAAGUCUAUACUUCCUGGAUAUUUUAUACUCCCUUGGCUCUUUUCAUACCACCAUCUGUAUUUGCUGUUCAUGUUCAGUUCAAUCUACUCUUCCAAUUUUGGGUACACACAGAGGUCAUUGAUAAUGUGGGUCCUUUGGAAUGGAUUUUAAAUACUCCUAGUCAUCAUAGGGUUCAUCAUGGUAGAAACCGUUAUUGCAUAGACAAAAAUUUUGGUGGCAUCUUUAUUAUAUGGGACAGACUUUUUGGGACAUUUCAGGCAGAAAAUGAGAAAGUUGUUUAUGGUGUAACACAUCCCAAUAAUACAUUUGAAUUUUUCAAGGUGCAGUUUGACUACUUAGUCUACCUUUGCAACAAAGUUUGGGCUACACAUGGAUUCUUCAAUAAGUUAUCUGUCAUAUUUAAAGGACCCGGCUGGAGUCCAGGUAAACCAAGGCUUGGACUCAAAGAAGAAAUUCCAGAGGUUACAGGAAAAGAAGUGCCUUUUUCAUCUACAGCGUCCCAGCUAUUGAAGAUCUAUGCAUUGGUGCAGUUCCUUCUGAUGCUUGCAUUUCAUCAGGACACCUUUAAAGAUCUUGCUGUACUGUCACAAGCCACUCUUCUGCUGCGGGUUUGUUUCUUUAUGCUGACCUUGAUAUCCAUUGGAUAUUUUUUGGAAGGAAGGCCUGAGGGAGCUGCCAUGGAAACACUCCGUUGCCUGUUGCUCUUGACCUUGUGUAAAUCUGGUCACCUGAAGCCUCUUAUUCCUGCCUUGGCAUCUGCCUUUGAGAUGUUCUUCUCCAUUUGCAUUGCUUUCUGGGGAAUAAAAGCCGUGAAACAACUUGUCUCCAGUCCUUGGAAAUAA